AUGAGAGACCUUCUAGUGUUCGGCGGAAGCUCCGUACCGGCUCUUGCUAAGGCUAUUUGCAGAAAUUUGACCAUCGUUCCCGGUGAGGUCGACUCCAAGAAGUUCUCAAAUGGAGAAACCUCCAUUACCGUGAAGGACUCGGUCCGUGAAAAGGACGUCUUCAUUGUUCAGAGCGGCUGUGGAGAAGUCAAUGACAACUUCAUUGAGCUCUUGAUUUUGAUCUCAGCUUGCAAAACAGCAAGUGCUAAGAGAGUUACCGCGGUGUUGCCGUUCUUCCCAUACUCAAGGCAACCGGAGAAUCCUAAAGUGCUGAUGGGUGGUGACAGCGCCAUCGCCGACGAAGAGGAGAUUUCAUUACCCAAGCCUGCCUUGAGACCACGUGCUAUUCUGACAAACGCAGCUGCUACGAACCUUUUAGGUGCCGUGGAUGGCUACGGUAAGGACGAUAGUGGUUACAAACAAUGGGUCAGCCCCAACGGAACCCUCAUAGCCAACUUGCUUAUGAACGCUGGUGCCGACCGAUGCAUGACGAUGGACUUGCACGAUCCCCAAUUCCAGGGUUUCUUUGAUAUCCUGGUUGACAACCUUUACCUGAUGCCUUUAUUCAAGCGCUACAUCAUAGACUACGUUCCCAAUUACAAAGAUUGCGUGAUUGUUUCACCAGACAGUGGAGGAGCCAAGAGAGCCACUGCCAUUGCAGACGCCUUGGGUUGUCGGUUUGCAUUGAUCCACAAGGAGAGAAGAACAAAGGUGACUCCUGUCACCAUCGGCUCCCCUAUCCUUUCUACAUCGGUGUCUAUGAAUUCCUCAAUUUCUACAACCACUCAGGUCAACAGUUCCAUGCUCGUGGGUGAUGUCAAGGACAAGGUUUGUGUGCUUAUUGACGAUCUUGCCGACACCUGUAACACCAUCACCAGAGCAGCCAAGCUCUUGAAGGAGACUGGCGCUUCAUACAUCUACUGCUUGGUCACACACGCCAUUUUCAGUGGGGACGGUCUUGAAAAGAUUGAAGCCUCUGAUAUUGACAAGCUUAUUACUACAAACAGUCUGCCCCAAUUGGAUCACAUGAACGAGCUUGGCUCCGACAGAUUUGAGGUGCUUGAUGUGUCUCGUAUCUUUGCCGAGGCCAUCAGAAGAAUCCACAAUGGUGAGUCUGUGUCCAUGCUUUUCGAUCAUGGUUGGUAA